AUGUCCGAUACCGAGAAACCCGCUGCUCCAGAGACAACUGAGAAAAAGGUCGGUUCCACUCUGGAGGCUGAUCUCACGAAGUACAAGACGGCGGCAGACAUCAUCCACAAUGUAACCAAAAAGCUCCUUGAACUUGCCGUUGAAGGGGCGAAAGUGAUCGAUCUUUGCAUUGAGGGAGACAAGCUCAUUGAAGAGGGCACCGGAGCAGUUUACAACAAGGCAAUGAAAGGCGUUCGGGUGUCCAAAGGCAUUGCAUUCCCGACGUGUAUCUCAGUCAAUAACACCGUUGCGCAUUUUUCACCGUUGGAAUCGGAUCCCCUGUCCUCUCAGGUUCUUUCGAAGGGAGACGUUGUCAAGAUUCAGCUUGGCGCCCACAUCGAUGGAUUCGCUUCCGUCAGCGCCGAAACCAUCGUCGUAGGGGCCAGCGUCGAAAACCCAGUGACUGGCAGACGCGCUGAUGUCGUGAAGGCUGCAUGGACAGCUGCCGAGGCAGCAAUGCGCACACUCAAGGUCGGGAACAAGAACUGGGCGGUCACUGAGAUCGUGGGGCGUACCUCAGCUGCUUGGAAUUGCAAACCUGUGGAAGGAAUGCUCUCUUGCCAACAAACACAAAAUGUUAUUGACGGCAAGAAGCGCAUCAUCUUGAACCCGAGCGAGGGUCAAAAGCGCGACUUCGAAGCCGCCACCUUCGGCGAGAACGAAGUUUAUGGCAUCGACAUCUUAAUCUCCUCUGGAGAAGACGGGAAGGCUCGUCUGGAAGAAUCCCGUACUACUAUCUUCCAAAGAGAUUCUUCCGUGACAUAUCAACUUAAAAUGAAGAACUCCCGUGCCGUGUUCUCUGAAGUACAAAAGAAAGCUGGCGCUUUCCCCUUCAAUAUCCGCACAUUGGAAGACGAGAAACGCGCUCGUAUGGGUCUUCAGGAAGCUGUCCAGCACAGUCUAGUAAAACCUUACGAAGUGAUUUACUCGCCGGCCAACACAUUUGUCGCUGGUUUCCACUUCACUAUCGCUCUCCUUCCUGCCGGGCCGUCAUUGAUCACCCAUCCUCCGAUCUGGUAUAAACCUGAACUCUUCAAGACCGACAGGGAGCUCGAAGACGAGGAGUUGAAAUCUCUUCUGGCACGAAACUUGCGAGAGAACAAGAAGAGCAAGAAGAAAGCCCAGAAGGCCGAAGGUGCUAAGGCCGAAGUCUGA